AUGGAGAACCUGAAAAAGAUGGGUGCGAGUCACAUCAACGUAGGUGCCGUCGAGGCACGGAUCAGCAUACUUGACAGUCUGUGGAAAAAGGUUGAAGCUCAGCACGACAGCAUUCGAGCCUGCCUCAAGGACAAGUAUUACGAAAGUGAGUACGCUCGAUCUGAUUUCAUUGAAACUUUAGAAGCUACUUACGUGUUGCAACGAAGCAUGUUGAUCCAAUGUGCGGAGGAUUUAAGAGCCUCGUCAACCGCGUCACAAGAUCAAGGUCGAGAGCACGCAGUUAAAACCUCGCUUCCUCGCAUAAAAUUACAAACGUUCUCAGGCUCAUACGAAGAUUGGCCGUCCUUCCGCGAUCUCUUUUCCUCAGUCAUCGGAGAGAAUUCGUCGAUUUCUGACGUUGAGCGCUUCCAUUAUCUCCGAUCGUGCGUCAAAGGAGCCGCUGAAAAGUUAAUUCAGUCAUUAAUCGUCACCAGUGAGAUAUCAUCACGCAUGGGCGAUUCUUUGCAAACACUUUGA